AUGGGGGUUAAAUUAACUAAAAUUCAUAGAGUUUUAAAAUUUAAACAGUCUCCCUGGUUGAAGAUGUACAUAGAUCUAAACACAAAAUUAAGAACUUUAGCAAAAUCAGAUUUCGAAAAAGAUUUUUAUAAAUUAAUGAAUAAUUCAGUCUUCGGUAAGACUAUGGAGAAUAUUGAAAAAAGGGUUAACAUAAAAUUAGUUACGCACUGGGAGAACCAGGGUAAAGCUUUAGGUGCUCAAGAUCUAAUCGCUAAACCACAAUUUCGUAGCCUUUCAAUAUUUUCGGAAAACCUAGUUGCGGUUCAGUUGCGAAAAACGAAGUUAAUAUAUAACAAACCAAUUUAUUUAGGGUUUUGCAUUUUAGAUAUUUCAAAAACAUUAAUGUAUGAUUUUCAUUAUAACUAUAUGAUUAAAAAGUUUAGUAAAAUCAAAUUAUUGUAUACAGAUACGGAUAGUUUAAUAUAUCAUAUAUUUACAAAUGAUUUUUACACUGAUAUAAAACCUGACCUUUCAUCAUACUUUGAUACCUCAGAUUAUGAUACAAAUAAUAUUUUUGAAUAUCCAAAAUUAAAUAAAAAGAAAUUAGGUUUUUUUAAAGAUGAAAAUAAUGGUAAAAUCAUGAAAGAAUUUGUGGGUUUACGAUCCAAAAUGUACGCUUUUAACUUAGAGAAUAAGACUAUAGCCAAGGCAAAAGGGGUAAAUAAAUGUAUCACUAAAAAGAUGACAAUGAAUAGUUAUAAGUCUUCUCUAUUUAAUAAAAAAGUGCAUUAUUAUAGUAUGCUUAGAUUUAAAUCAAUUAAACACACAAUUUUCACACAAAAAUUAAAUAAGAUAGGUUUAUCAUAUAAUGACACAAAGAGACAUAUUUUAGAUAAUAAUAUUGAAACAUUAGCUUGGGGUCAUUAUAAACUGCGUUAA